UGAAAGAGUCAAUAAAUGGUUAGUAUCAUUUAUUAUUGCAUAGUAUUUAAAAAAAAGUUUGGGUUCGAGGCUACCCCCACUACUAGACUCGUCCGUCGCUUCCACAUUGGCCGCCAUUCUUGUGCUACCAGUGAGUGUGAUUACUACGUACAUCGGAACCUCUCCCAGAGUUUCAACAGACCAGACUACUGUCUACAGAUCGAGGCCAUGAAGUCCAUCAGCGUGAGAGUCAAGGCCAGGAUGGCUGCCAGAGCAACUCCCAGUAACGUCAAGGGGAGAAGCCAGCCGGCCCAAGAACAGCAACGUCACGUGGCGAAGUUUCUUGUCCUGCCGAUACGUCAUCCUGUAUGUGAUCCAGCACAGCCCGCCCGCUUGACCAUCAGGGACACCGUGCCGAACGACCUUCGAAGAUUGGCCUUCACCCUCGGCAUGUUUACCCCACAUAUUCUUGCUCUUUUCUUGGCGUUGUCCUUCCUCAUUUUCCCACCUGUUGCUGACGUAGAUACCCUGAAACUGCAAAUGGCGUGUUUUCCGCUAAAGAUGAACAUGACUGAGAUUGAAGGUGCCACUAUGCCUGACUUCAACGGUAAACUCCCACCCGUGGUCUACGGCGAGCCUGAAGUCCAAACCUGCCUCAACCAAAGCCACCACCCAGGCGAUAUCUGCUACAUGCAAAAGGUGACUUUCCAGGUGCAAAAGGAGGUCAUGAACUCUGUGUCCACUAACAAGACCAAUGAUUUCAACAAAAUCUGGUAUCGCAACGAAAUGACCCGCUACUACAACUACCAUUGUGCUCCUGGAAUCAACGUGUCUCAGAAGUUCUUCUACUCUGUAGUGCUCCUCCGGUCCCGCAUCAGCACCAACAUCUACAGCGAUUUCGACAUUGAUAACGACUCUUUCUUGAUGAGGCUGCGCGUAACUUUCAAGGAGCUUUACCUUCCAGACCAGAUCUCCUUCUAAACGUUGGAGAUCAAGCCUAUCUACAUCCCAAAAUUGAACAUAACAAGUUUUUUUAUUUUGGGUCUUGUUUAUUAUUGCAUUAUUAUUUAUGAUAAUACAUUAUUUUUUACAUUUAUCAAUGUGGUGGAGGGAUUUUGUUAUGUCAAUGGGUUUUUAUAAUGCAUUAAUGUUUUACAUUUAUCAAUGUAGUGUAGGUUUUGUGUUCUUUCAAUAGGGUUUUUUAUAUUGCAUUAUUGUUUUAUAUUUAUCAAUGUAUUGAAGAGUUUGUGUUCUUUCAAUAGAGUUUUUUAUAAUACAUUAAUGUUUUACAUUUAUCAAUGUGGUGGAGCUUUUGUUCCUUUAAUAGGGGUUUUUUAACUGCAUUUUGAAAACUGUUUUUUAUCUUUAUUCAGGAUGAUUUUUGUAAUAAUACAUUUGUUAAAUAAAGGUUUCUUCAAAUA